GAAAGCUCUGAGCAGAAGCCUUUCUCCCACUUGAAUGGACUCCAUCUCUCUGAGCCAAACAAUCUUUUUCUGCUGCUCUGGAGGGAAACACUGAAGAUCACAGCUGAUCAGCAUGUUUAUUUCUUCUCUUCGGGCUGCUGCUGCUGAGAAAAGUUGACUGCUGUGGCUUUGCUCGCCAUGAACUUCUGUCAGACUUAAGGAGAUCCACAGUGCGGUGUUUUAAACGACUGAUGGGCAAAAACUGAACCAGAGAAGACUCAAAAGAGAAGAAGCAGUGAGAGGAAACCUGUCAGAGAUUUACAGGGUGGUGGCUGAUUUGGGUUUGGGUCGGCCUGACACCGAGCAGGGACGCAGACAGGUAACAAGGAGACAGAUCCAGUUUAAAAAUAGCCUACCUUUGUCCACGUUUUGUCCCCUGGACCACAAUGGGUUCAGACGUGCGUGACCUGAACUCCCUGCUGCCCCCGCUCCCAGCGGGCCCCAGCCCCGGAUGCCCUGCUCUGCCCGUCAGCACGGCCCCUCAGUGGGCUCCCGUCCUGGACUUCCACACCGCCGCCUCCCCUUACCCCUCCCUGGCGGCCCCCCACACCUCUCUGGGGCCACACUCCUUCAUCAAGCAGGAGCCCAGCUGGGGGGCCACCGGCGACCCCCACCACCACGACACAGACCCUCACUGCGGCCUCAGCGCCUUCACCGUCCACUUCUCUGGGCAGUUUACAGGGACCGGGGCCUGCAGGUAUGGGGCGUUUGGAGCACCAGCACCACCAGCACCUCCCAGUCAACCUCCAUCUGUUACCGCGCCGCACCACCACCAGCCGCCCAGCAGGAUGUUCAGCAACCCACCGUACCUGACCAACUGUAUGGACACACAGCAGGCAGCCCGCAACCAGACAGGUUACAGCACGGUUGCAUUCGACGGAGCCGGUAAUUACGGUCACACUCCUACACACCACAGCUCGCAGUUCUCCAACCAUUCCUUCAAACAUGAAGACGCUCUAACCCAGCAAAGCACUAUGGCGGAGCAGCAGUAUCCUGUACCUCCUCCUGUCUACGGAUGCCACACACCUUCAGACAGCUGUACGGGCAGCCAGGCGCUGCUGCUGAGGAACCCUUACAACAGCGGAGAAAAUGUAUAUCAAAUGACCUCUCAGUUGGAGUGUGUGGCAUGGAACCCUGUCAGUACACUGGCAUCCACCAUGAAGAGCCAUACAGCAGGCUACGACAGCGACCCCAGCACCCCCAUGUUGUACAGCUGCAGCACACAGUACCGCAUACACACACACGGAGUCUUCAGGGGCAUCCAGGAUGUGCGGCGGGUGCCCAGCAUCGCUCCAGCCAUAGUGCGGUCAGAGAGCAGCGAGAAGCGUCCGUUCAUGUGUGCCUACCCAGGAUGCAACAAACGUUACUUCAAGCUGUCUCAUCUGCAGAUGCACGGUCGCAAACACACAGGGGAGAAACCCUAUCAGUGUGAGUUCACAGACUGUGGCCGCAGGUUUUCUCGCUCUGACCAGCUCAAAAGACACCAGAGGAGACACACAGGAGUUAAACCCUUCGAAUGCGAGACGUGUCAGAGAAAGUUCUCUCGGUCUGACCACCUUAAGACACACACCCGGACUCAUACAGGUAAAACAAGCGAGAAGCCGUUUAACUGCCGGUGGCCCAACUGUCAGAAGAAGUUUGCCCGCAGCGACGAGUUGGUGCGACAUCACAACAUGCACCAGAGGAACCUCACCAAGCUCCAGCUGACCAUCUGAGGUGUUAGUCAGCGCGUAUCACACUUUGAAAUGUAAACAUCUGGGUUACAUCUGCUUAUAUUUUCUGUCACCGCUUAAUCCAGACCUGGUGACCCCCUUUGCACCCCAGAAACUCGCCUGUGUGGGAACCAGUGGAGCCCUAAUUGGUCCCUUAAAAAUGUUAAUAGUGGCUGUGCAUCAAUUUCAUUUUAAGAUAACAUGACCUACACUCUGAGCCAAAGGUAUCAGAGGCUAUGUAGGCCAAAAUUAGUAUUUUUGCCUCUCACAUACACUAUUAUACCUUACGCAUAUAUAAUAAAACCUCUUACAUUCAUUAAUCUACCCAUAGAUAUAGAAAUGUAGAUUUGACGCGUUUCUGUGUGGGCGACAUAUUAGGGAGGUCAAGAUCCGCUAGUAAACAAAUACAUGUGUAUUGAGCAGAUUUCACUACAAGAACGACUGUAACUUGCUUCAAUCUGAACCGAUUUUCAUGAAAUUGGUUUUGUUACAUUGGAAAGUGAACACAAUAGCGGUUACUUGUUUGAAUUAAUGUCAGUUACUGGAGGCGACCCAAUCAGCUCUGUGAUAAAAGUAAUCUUCUGAAGAGCCACGACACUGGGACACUGGGACACUGGGACAUGCAGGACAUGCAGGUCAGACUUAUGAAUAAGCAGCAUCCAGUGAUGGAGUUUAACAGAGAACAUUUAUUCAAGUACAGUACUUUCGUACAAUUUUGAGGUACUGGCACUUGAAUAUUUGCAUUUUCUGCUUCUUUAAAAUCCAUGCAACUUUGUUUAAUUCAACUUCAUUCUUUCACUACAUUAGGAAAUAUUACACCUCUCACACAGACUUUAUUAAAGCACUCAUAUUAACUUUUGAAACAAUAUGUCGACAGUGUAAUGCGAGGCCAGUUUUGUUUAUGCAUAAAGUAAAAAAUGGUGUUUAUGGGAGGUAUUUGUUGUGAAUGCGUAAGACAAAAUAGUGCGUGUGAAUGUGUUUUGUGCAUGUACAAAGUAAAAUAGUGUUUGCAAGAAAAAAAAAGUGUGUGCAAGGUAAUUUAUUGGGUGUAAGAGGCGUUUGUGUGAAUGUGUGAGGUAAAAUAAUACAUGAGAGGUUUUGUUGUUUAUGCGUACGGUAAGAUAGGAUAUUUGAGAGGUAAAAAUACUAAUUUUGGCCUAAAUUGCCCCCGAUACAAAGGAGUCUUGACACAUUCAUAAAUAUGUGGAUCUCUAUUCGUCCAGGUUGUGGAAUUUAAGCGAUAAGGCUGGAAAUAUUCUAUAAUUUUGCUUUUGCCAGCAAAUCCCAUUAAAAGACCAAAACCAAGAACAUGUUAGGUUGUUUUCAAACUCAAAUCAGCUGAAUGGAACCACUGUGUUGAUACAGCACACACACACACACACACACACACACACACACAACACACACACACACACACACAGACACACACACACACACACACACACACACACACACACAACACACAGAAGGCUACAGCAAAAAAUGCAGAUCUGCUGAGUUGAUAACCUGCUGUGUUUGGUAGAUGUAAAUAAGAAAAUGUACACAUACAAAGUACAUUUACUUCACAGAAGGUUCCCAUUGCCUCGAGUGAAUGUUGGUAUCUUUGCAUGUCAAGACGCUCUGGCCGAAUCUCAGACAAAAAAAUGCUUCCAUCUUAACAAUAAUGCAAUAUUUCAUUCAUCCCCAGCUGUUUUCUGGCCACCAUGUGUACAGUGAGGUCAAAGGUCAUUCACAAACAUGCCUCAACAGCUUUGUGCCGUCGCAGCUGUAAAUAUCACUUAUGUUGAAUACUUUGGGAAGGCUUAUUUAUUUUCUUUUUGUGGAUAAAAAUUGCUUUCACUGGAAUGAUUCAAAGGGCGUGAGGUGUCAUUCAGGCUCUUUGCUGUGCUCGUGCACGUGACGCCCUCGCUGCCUCUUCUUAUGGUUUUUAGUUAUGAAACAUGAUGCUGGGUUUGAUUUAAAGAGAUUAAAUGAAGUGAAUAAUAACACCUUAUGCAGCGUUUGCAAUAAGCUUUUGGUGUUUUGUCCGGUCAGCAUUAAAUAUACAAACACAAAUAUUUCUUUAUGGUUAUAUUUUAAAAAGCUGAUUUUUUUUUAGUAAUGUGAGUGGAUUUUUUAUUUUAUUUUUUUUAAAACUGUACUCAGUGCUCUUGGAGCUAAAUCGUGUGAGUCUUUUGUCUCUGCGGUGUGUAAAUAUUGCUGGACUUUGGCAGUGUUUUAGACACUGCGAGCUCUAAAAUAUGUCUGUUGGGUCACACUGGCUCUGUGGCCGGGACAUAAUGGUCAAGAUGUAAAUAAUACUUCUUCGCCAUGGGAACUCUUUCCGUGGGGGAAAAUAUGUAACUUAACUGAUAUAUUUUAGACUUGUCUUUGGAUGGAUCCAAGAAGUGUUUAUACUUUCAUUUUUCUUUCUUUCAUGUGUAUUAAUAUUUGAGUCAUAAAACAGCAAAUGUCGGUGAAACAUUUUGUACUGAGAUAAUUGAAAAUGAUGGUUUCUCUCUGUUUAAAUGUAUUGUGACUGUUUUGAUACAGCACCAGAA